AGACUGAUCGUUAAACUGUAAACAACCAUCAAUUUGGUCAACAAGAAACUGAGAGACUUUAGAUUAUUUUAUGUUUGUUUCAAAUAGUUUGCGAAUUAUUGUUAUUUUUUGGAUUUUAUAAUGUGUUUUGAAGAUGACUGGAUAUAUUUUAAGCUUUUGUUGGCUUGCUUUAAUUAGUGUUUGUUUUGGAGAUGACAGUGAAUGUUCUUGUCCUGCCUUUAAUAAGUUCUCAUGCGGUAACUGUGUGUGCAUCCCACAGGCCUUGGUGUGCGACGGACAGCCAGACUGUGAGAAUGGAAAGGAUGAGCAGGGCUGUGGAGUUCAGCGUAUAACCAGCCACUGCCCGGCAGACCAUUUCACUUGUUGGAAUCAACAAUGUCUACGACUAGACUGGGUCUGUGAUGGCGAUAAUGACUGUGGUGAUGAUUCUGAUGAACUCAUGUGUCCGCCAAAGAACUGCACAGAAGAAGAAUUUCAGUGUAACAACGGUAACUGUGUUCUCUCAAAAUGGCGGUGUGAUGGCGAUGAUGAUUGUCGGGACGGCUCAGAUGAACACUGUGAUCACCAAUGCAGCCCGAGUCAGUUCAAGUGUUCUGGAGAUGGUACAUGUAUACAUAAAUCUUGGGUGUGUGAUAAGGAAGUUGACUGUCAGGAUGCUUCAGAUGAGGCCUCCUGUGGAUUAGAAGAUCUUUACUGUGGUCCACACGAGUUCACGUGCGUGCAAGCCCAUCGUUGUAUACCGAAACAGAAACGCUGUGAUCGUAACAACGACUGUAAUGACUGGGAAGAUGAAAUUGGUUGUGAUUUCCAGCAGGCUGAGAACACAUGUAAGGAAGGGGAAUUCCCAUGUGACCAAGGUCUUUGUAUUAAUGCUGACUGGAGAUGUGACGGCCAGAGAGAUUGCGAAGACUCCUCUGACGAGAAAAACUGCUCCCAGACUGGUUGUACGGCUGACCAGUUUAGAUGUAAAAUAGGAUACUGUAUAGAUAAACGCCUGCAAUGUAAUGGACAACUUGACUGCAGUGAUAAUUCAGAUGAGUUGAACUGUGGGACAGCAUCAUGUGGACUGGGUCAGUUUCAUUGUACUAAUGGGGAAUGUAUCGGUAGCCAGAAAGUGUGUGACACAGUCAGAAAUUGUGCAGAUGGAUCAGAUGAAAGAAAUUGUCACUGGGCAGCGAAAUGUGACAACAACAAUGGAGGUUGUGGGCAUCUGUGUCAGCAGACUACACUUGGUGCCAAAUGUUCUUGUCGCCGCGGCUACAUGUUGCUUCCCAAUGGUCGUGACUGUGCUGAUAUUGACGAAUGUGGGUUAGAUAACGUGUGUAGUCAACUGUGUGUUAACACACCAGGGUCAUUCAAGUGUGACUGUACACAUGGAUACAUCCUCAAACCAGAUGGCAGGGGCUGUAAGGCACAAGUGAACACUGGGGAGAAAGCCUACCUGAUAUUUGCAAAUCGUGUCGAUAUCCGGCGUGUGAUGCCAGACAUGUCGGAAUAUGACAGUAUCCUACAAGGACUGGAGAAUGCAAUCGCACUUGACUUUCACCAUGAGAAAGGUUAUGUAUACUGGUCAGAUGUGACACUGGAUAAAAUCAAGAGGGCCUACCUUAAUGGGACAGGCAUCAAGGAGGUGGUGGCCUAUGGGCUUGAGAGUCCAGGUGGAGUAGCUGUUGACUGGAUCCAUAACAUUCUGUUCUGGACUGACUCUGGUACAUCUCGUAUUGAGGUUUCAAAUCUUGAUGGAGAUCACCGUAAAGUUUUACUGUGGGAAAAUCUGGAAAAACCUCGUGCCAUAGCUGUGCACCCUGGAGAAGGAUAUAUAUUCUGGACAGACUGGGGAAGUACACCAAAGAUAGAGCGAAGCAGUAUGGAUGGUCUAGAUAGAGUGGUUAUUGCUAACACCUCGUUGUUCUGGCCCAACGGUUUGACUUUAGAUUACGCUGCUGAGAAAUUGUACUGGGCCGAUGCUAAACACCAUGUAAUAGAGUGUUCAAACUAUGAUGGCUCACAUCGCAGGACAGUCAUUAACCAAGGGUUACCCCACCCAUUUGCACUGACACUGUUUGAGGAUGAGUUAUACUGGACUGACUGGCAUACAAAGUCAAUAAACAAGGCAAACAAGUUUACAGGCAAUGAUGUAGAGAUGGUCAGAAAUAGAUUACACUUUCCCAUGGAUAUACAUAUCUUCCACAGAGAGAGACAACCAGAAGCUGAAAAUCGUUGCCCUGGUAACCAGAAGGGAUGUAGCCAUUUAUGUUUGCCAAGUACUGUGGGAUAUAAAUGUGCUUGUCCUACAGGACUUGAUCUGAAAGAAGAUAGGAAAACAUGUGUUAGAAAUAUUGAGUCCUUCCUGCUUUUUACAACCAGAUCAGAUGUAAGAAGGAUAACUCUUGGUACACCUGACCAAUCAGAUGUAGUUAUUCCCCUUAGUAACACAGUCAGUACAAUGUCCGUUGACUUUGAUAAUACAACAGAUACUAUAUUCUGGACAGACAGCGGUACAAAUGCUAUCAGUGCAGCAAAAUGGGACGGCACGCAAGAGAGGGUGGUUGUGAGUUCGAGUGUAGGCAGUCCAGCUGGUCUGGCAGUAGAUUGGGCCACCAGGAAGCUGUACUGGACGGACUCCGAGAUGGGUAGAAUUGAGGUGUCAAACCUUGAUGGUUCUAUGAGAGGUGUACUGAUCUGGUCAGGAUUACAGAAGCCUAGAGACAUAGUGGUGGAUCCAAUUUCAGGGUACAUGUUUUGGACUGACUGGGACAAACCAUCUAGGAUUGAAAGAGCAGGAAUGGAUGGUAGAGAUCAGAAGGUUCUCAUCCAUACUAAUCUCACACAUCCUAACGGCCUGUCUAUAGACUACAAAGGAUCUCCUAGACUAUAUUGGAUAGAUGCAGGCACCUACUCCCUGGAAUCCUGUACACUGGAUGGUUCUGAUAGAAAGGUGGUGUUCACAAUGAGCGACCCACGACCUUUUGGAUUUACUAUUUAUGAAGACAGUAUGUACUGGGCUGAUUGGUUGACAAAGAAGAUCAUGAACUCAGAUCGCCAUGGCAACAGUCAGGUGACCUUGCAAAGCAACAUGGGUAAUGUGAUGGACUUGACAGUGUUCCAUAGAAACAGACCAGAGAUUUCAACAGUAUGCCAAGAAGAAAAUGGUCACUGCAGUCACCUUUGUCUGCCUGCUCCCCUUCCCCGAGGUCAUACAUGUGUUUGUCCUACAGGGAUAUUGCUGCAUCCAGAUGGCAGGACUUGCAAUACAGAAAUGCGUAACUUUCUGAUAUUUGCCCAGAGGACUGAUAUACGGAAAAUCUCACUCGACGUGGAUUACUUUGCAGAUGUUCCUCUACCUAUCCACUCACUGAAGAAUGCCAUAGCUAUCAGUGUGGAUAGAGUUGAAGGGAAGGUAUAUUGGACAGACACUGUUCUAGACAAGAUUAAGCGUGCAAACCUGGAUGGCUCUAACAUAGAGAACGUGAUCAAUCAUGGUCUGGAUACACCAGAUGGUAUGGUUGUUGAUGAGACUGGAAGGAAAAUCUACUGGACUGACACAGGUUUAAAUCGUAUAGAAGUUUCCAGUCUAGAUGGUUCAAUGAGGCGAGUAUUGAUCUGGGAGGGACUGGAUAAGCCAAGGGCAAUAUCUCUCUUCUAUGAGGAAAGGUAUUUGUUUUGGACUGACUGGGGUAAAGAGCCUAAGAUUGAACGCUCUGAGUUAGAUGGAGGCAAUCGUAAAGUGAUUGUCUCAGAAAGUAUUAUCUGGCCUAAUGGACUGACUGUGGAUAGACAAACAUCCAGGAUCUUAUGGGCAGAUGCCAGAACUGAGCAAAUAGAGUCAGUAGAUCUGAAUGGUGGAGGGCGGCAGGUGUUGGUGUACAAGGUAGCACACCCAUACAACCUGGCUAUAUCGGGUGAUCUGGUAUACUGGACCGACUGGCAGAAGACCGCUGUAUUCAGUGCUAAAAAGGAUGGAUCUUCUCCCAAUAAACAACAACAGGUGCUCCCUAAACUGGCCGGAAUUAUGGAUAUACAUGCUGUACAUAUGGAUGAAAAAGUCAAUUUGAAGAUGGAUAAAUGUCGGAAAAAGAAUGGAGGAUGCAGCCAUUUGUGUUUGCCGAACAGAAGAGGUGUUACAUGUUUGUGUCCGUCAGGACUUCAGUUACGACCAGACAAAGUCAGCUGUGAAAGCAUGCCAGAGGAGUAUAUUUUAUUUGCAAGCCGGGGCAGUAUCCGCAGAAUAGCCUUGGAUCUGCCAGACAUGACAGAUGUGUAUCUCCCGCUACCUGACCUUCAAAAUAUUAUAGCUAUUGACUAUGACUACUCGGAGAAGAAAUUAUAUUACACAGAUGUACAGCUGGAUGUGAUCAGGCGAGCAAACCUGAAUGGUACAGAGAUACAGACAUUGAUCAGUUCACGAUUGAAAACUACCGAUGGACUGGCAGUGGAUUGGAUCGGGAAAAACUUGUACUGGACGGACACAGGAACAGAUGUGAUCGAGGUGGCUAAACUGUCCGGACAGUACAGACGAACACUGAUCAAGGACAAUCUGGAUCAACCAAGGGCCGUAGCUGUAUAUCCACAGAAAGGGUACUUAUACUGGACCGACUGGGGAUACAGACCUCGUAUAGAACGAGCUUACAUGGAUGGUACACACAGGAAAAUUAUCAUCAACUCUAACCUAGGUUUUCCUAAUGGUCUGUCUAUAGACUAUGUAGCCGAACGUCUUUAUUGGGUGGAUGCUAAACUUGAUAAAAUAGAAACAUCAACAUUGGAAGGGAAUAACAGAGUGACUUUGAUACAGAAUGUACCCCACCCAUUUGGUCUAACAGUGUUUGGAGAUUAUGUGUACUGGACAGACUGGCAGUCCCAACAGAUAGAGAGAGCUGAUAAACGCACAGGUAAACAUAGAGAAACCAUUAAACAACUGUUUGUUGGACUGAUGGACAUUGAAGUGGUCACUCCUCAUAGACAAACAGGAAUCAAUGACUGUGCGUUCAGUAAUGGUGGAUGUACACACCUGUGUUUAGCAAGACCAGAUGGUCAUUCCUGUUUGUGUCCUGAUGUCAAGACCAUCAACAAAACAUGUAUUGCAGUGCCAAAGGAUAGAGCAGUAUUUACUGAUGUUACUGUGAAUGGAGAAAAUACUGGCUUAGGGUGUAGCCAGUCUGACGAGAAGGCGGGUCUGUGUACAAGCCCUACCCAGGAGGAGGAGCCAAGCCUGAAAGGGGCAUACAUUGCUUUAGCCAUUGUUAUUGUUCUGGUACUUUCAGGAGUGUUGCUCAUAAUAUUUAUUUGGAAAAGACAACGAAGACGGCAGCAUUACCAAGAGGAUUUCUCUACCCUCACUUUCACAAACCCUAACUACCAAAGAACAAGUACAGAGACUAUAAACUCUGACAGACCUCCGAGAGAGUGGCGAAUAUUUCGAUUUAAUAAAAGAGCGGACAGGGUAUCUGUUGUCAGCUCUAAUUGUACGAGCGAGGAGAAGCUGAACACGUCAGAGACUGACGCUUUGUAUCCCGCUAGUUCCGAUACAGAUGGCGCUUCUUGUUUCCCAGAUACUCCUCUUUCGAAAAACAUAUUUAAACCACGAAAUUCAGGACAAAAUAAUUCCAAUAAGCCAAAAAGAGUCCCUUAUAAACCAGUGGAAAAACAUACUGAUGGGAAAAUUUCAUGACAAAAAUAAAUGUCAUGAUCAGGUGACAGUUUUAAAUACUCAGUGGCAUUUUGAUUGGUCAGUCGGAUGUCAUGUGACUUCAAGAUGUCAGUUGAUUGGUUCAAGGGAUGUAAUCCUGUGAUAACUCACUACAAAAUGGCCAGUAUACAAAUUAUAUGUACAGUGGACGGGUGUUUUCUUCUAGAUACACUGCUGUAGAUUCAUGUACACUCUAUGCAACUUUUCUUCAGAAGUGCUUAGCAGACAUGUAUGUAAAUGUGAAAUGUUAAAUCUGUAGAUGACAAGCUGUCAUACAUGCUUCAAUGUCGUUGUUCAUUAACAUAAACUGCAGCAAUUUGAUACAGAAUAUCCUCCAUGGUAUCACAUGCCUGAAAAAAAAGACCAGACAAGAAGCACGAGGUACACAAGUCUCGGAAACUUAGGAGAGAAGCAACACCAUUUCUAAUGAUGGAACAUGAAAUAGUUGCAAUUGCAAGGAACUUCAACUGCUAUUAAGUUUGUCUACAAUAAAAAAUAUCUAAGUUGAACAAAAUGUUUUUGUCAUAGAUGUAUGUACUGUAGAUGAGAUAAUGUUUGCAAUGGUUUUAAUUUAGCAAAUAUUUGCGAUUAAUGCCUCCUGCGAAUUCAAAAUAUUUAUGAAUAUUUAAAUCUGCACAAACAUUCACCCUUGGAAAUUCUUAACUCCAUGAAGUAGACUGCUAACCUUGAUAUUGCUAAAUAAAGUCAGCACAAAAUAUGAGCAGCACCAUGAGAAAACCAACAUAGUGCAUUUGCGACCAGCAUGGAUCCAGACCAGACUGCGCAUCUGUGCAGUCUGGUCAAGAUCCAUGCUGUUCGCUUUCAAAGCCUAUUGCAAUUGGAGAAACCUUAAGCGAACAGCAUGGAUCCUGACCAGACUGAGCGAUGCGCAGGCUGGUCUGGAUCCAUGCUGGUCGAAAAUGCACUAUAUUGGUUUUCCCAUGACGUGGCUCAUAUUAUUAUUCGAUCUGCAGUUCUGUAUUGUCAAUGUGUAAUGUCUUUUUAGCUUCGUCUGGUAUUUGCUGGGUAUUGUUUGUAUGUUUAUAUGUCUAAUGGUGCUAUAUUUUGUGUAAUUAUUGCCAUAUUUUAAGUUACAUUUUGUUGUUUCAUGUUAGCGUAAAGUAUGUAUGUAAAAUAUUUACUGUCAAAUGUCUCAAGAAGCUAUCAUUCAUUUGAGAAUAUGAUCACUCAGAAGAUGUUCUAUGUGAAAUGGAUUUAAAUUUAUAUAAAGCACUGUUCUGUAAUGUUUGGAAUGAUGAGCGGAUUGUCAGUAAAACAAAAAACAAACAGUUGUGUCGUAAAUGAUGGUGGCAUAAAAGAGUUUGUAUGAUAUUUAGACUCCAAAUGGGACAGUGACCUUUUUUGUUACAAAGCAUUGCAGUUCUCAGAAAUGAACAUGUCCUUAUUAAUGUAUGUUGAGGUAGUAAUUUCAGUAAUCGCCUCAAGACCAUGUACAUACACUUUCUGAAGCAAUUGAUAUCACCACAGAAAGCAGUAGUAAAAGCCUUAUAGUUAGAAAAAUAGCUGGUUCUUGUCAGUGACUGGGUCACUGUAGCUUUCUUGUUUAUGUAUUUGUUUUUGUUUAUUAGCUCACCUGUCACAAAGUGACAAGGUGAGCUAUUGUGACCGCUUGAUGUCCAUCGUGCGUAGUGCGUCAAGCGUUGUCCGUCAACAAUUUCUAAAAAAAUCUUCUUCUUGAAAACCAGUGGGCAGAAUUACACCAAACUUCACAGGAAUGAUCCUUGGGUGGUCCCCUUUCAAAAUUAUUCAAAGAAUUGAAUUCCAUGCAGAACUCCAGUUGCCAUGGCAACCGAAAGGAAAAACUUUAAGUCUUCUUGUCCAAAACCACAGGGCCUAGGGCUUUGAUAUCUGGUGUGUAGCAUCAUCUAGUGUUCCUCUACCAAAAUUAUUCAAAUUAUCCCCCUAGGGUCAAAUAUGGCCCCGCCCCGGGGGUCACAUGGUUUAUAUAGACUUAUAUAGGGAAAACUUUGAAAAUCUUCUUGUACAAAACCACAUGGCCUAGGGCUUUGAUAUUUGGUAUGUAGCAUCAUCUAGUGGUCCUCUACUAAGAUUGUUAAAAUUAUCCCCCUAGGGUCAAAUAUGGCCCCACCCCGGGGGUCACAUGGUAUAUAUAGACUUAUAUAGGGAAAACUUUGAAAAUCUUCUUGUACAAAACCACAUGGCCUAGGGCUUUGAUAUUUAGUAUGUAGCAUCAUCUAGUGGUCCUCUUCCAAGAUUAUUCAAAUUAUCCCCCUAGGGUCAAAUAUGGCCCCGCCCCAGGGGUCCCAAGUUUUACAUAGACUUAUAUAGGAAAAAAAAGUUAAAAAAUCUUCUUGUCUGAAACCACAACACUUAGACCUUUGAUAUUUGGUUUGUAGCAUUGUCUUAUGGUCCUCAACCAAAAUUGUUCAAAUUGUACCCCUUGGGUGAAAAAGAGGCCCUGCCCUGGGGGUCCCAAGUUUUAUAUAGACUUAUAAAGGAAAAAGCUUUCUGAAACCAUACGACCUAGGCUUUUGAUGUUUGGUGUGAUGCAUUGUCUAGUAGUCCUCUACCAAAAUUGUUCAAAUUAUGCCCCUGGGGUUAAAAGAGGCCCCGCCCUGGGGUCACUUUUAUAGUUAUUAUGUGAGUUAUAUAGGAAAAAUACUUAAAAAAUCAUCUGAUCCUAUUUCCAAGACUGUUUGAUUAUAAUUACCUGAUGACCUCAAGUAAUAUGAUGUCACUUGACUGUGACCUUGACCUACUGACCUACUUUCUUGUUUUUUAAGAUACAGCCUUGAAAUUUUGAUAAUAUACACAGUUUUGCACACAAAUUGUAAAACUGAAUUUCAUUGACCAUGAAUUUGACCUGCUGACUUUCCUAAUAUUUUAUCAUCAGUUUGACAUUUGAAACAUGUAGCUUAUAUUAUUCAGGUGAGCGAUCCAGGGUCAUCAUGACCCGCUUGUUUGGUGAUUUUAAUGUUGUAUAAACAUGCACUCAGGAAUAUUUAUGUGAACAAAAAUGGCACACCUAAAUAUUAUAACCCUCGUUUUAGAAUACCAUUACAGGGAUAAAAAAAAAAUGUCUCAGAAAUUCAUCAUUGGGUUUCAUACGGUGUAUCUCUAAGGUUGUAUCUACAAUACAUAUUUUGUUUUAUUUUGGACUGUGUCUAGAAUUACAGAUCUGUAAUCGUUAAACACAGUUCUAGGAGUACGGAAGUUCUGUAUUUCUGAACAAUGCUAGGGUUACAGAAGUAAAACAAAGAACCUCAACCAUUCAUUAUUUUUUAAUGUUCAAACACUUAACCAUAAUUGAUGUUAGUAGUGAUUAUAUAUAUAGUCGUGAUUCUAGAAUUACGGAUCUGUUAUCCUAGACACUGCCUUUGUUUCACUGAUUUCUAAAUUUCUCUGUACGUCUAUGAAGUACUCUAAACUGACAUUAAGGUUCAAUGUCUAUGUUUUUUAUGCCGUUUUCUUUUCAUUUUCAAACAAUUUUACCAUUUUAAUUUUUCAUGUGUAUAAUCUUCAGAAUGUUCAAGAAACGAUAAUUUUCUGUAAAUUCACUACGAUGAUACUGAAUUUUUCAUCAACUAUUAUUUUAAUUCUGAUACAUUUCUAUUAAAUUUCAUCUGCAGCUUUUGAUUUUGUAAAUAAAUAAACAAGCUUGGUAGAUGGUAUUUAAAAAUUGUUUUUCUUCAGUAUAUUUUGCUCACAUGACUUUUAGUAAAGAUUUCAACUAACAUGAAUUUCAUACAUGUAUGUUGAAAAUAUAAACAUUUUGUCAUCUCAUUUGUAUUUCUAAACUUGUAAAAUAAUUUUUCAGUAUGUGCAAAUGCACAUUUUUAUGGUCAGUGCUUUAUUAUUUUGCCAAAUGAUAUUAUUCCCCAUCAAGCGAUUUAUUGUGCUUGUAAAGUAGAUAAUUUAAAUGACCAAGAGAGUUUUAAUACAUGACAUUUUUGUUAUUAGAGAAAUUUCAUUAUGGAACCAUGGAAAUUUCAGGUACAUUUGGUAAUGGAACAAAAUUAAGAAUAAUACUUGAGCAUUGAACUCUAAGGCAUUUCCUGGAUCCUAUAGUAGUUUGAGCCGCGCCAUGAGAAAACAAACAUACUGCAGUCUGGUCUGGAUCCAUGCUGGUCGCAAAUGCAGUAUGUUGGUUUUCUCAUGGCAUGGCAAGAUAUUGCUGAUUUAAGGUUAGUUUCAUUUUAAACAUUGGUCAAAAAUACUCACAUGAGCUUAUUUGGGCCAUUAGGUUGUCUUAGAUUUUAGUUUAAUUUACAUGUUAAACAGUCAUUGUCAUCAUUACCAUUACUUUUUCAUUGCCAUUUUUGUUAAGAUAAGAAAAUUGUCAUUAAAGUUAUGAUAAAUCAUAAUUAAACGGUUAAUGUCAUUAUCACUUUUAUCAUAUUAACAUUUUAAUCAUGAUCAUUUUCAUUAUCAUCGGGAUCAUCAUCAUUUUCAUCAUUAACAUUUCAUCAUCACUAUCACCAUCAUUCCCAUCAUCAUCAUUUUCACGAUGUUUGUUUUUAUCGUCAAUGGUAUUUGCCAGUUUUUAAUGUGAUUUUAAUUAAAUUUCAAGGAUUUUUUCAGGUUGGAUUUAUAAGUAUGUAUAUUAAUAUUUUAAAAUGCAAUCAAAUUUUAAUACUACAAUACUGUAUUAAUUGAAAUGUUGCAUGGUUUACAGAUUAUAUUUUGACCGUUUCUUUUACAGUUCAUAGAAAUUGAUUGUAAUUUUUAAGUCACAAUUUAGAAACUUGUUUUUACCAAUAUAGUUGAACUAUAAUCAUUUUAUUGUCGCAAUUAGAUAUUGUUUCUACAG